GAACACUCAGUUUUCAUUGAGUUUCUCUCAUGCUUUUCAUGAGAUCCCAAAAAAAGUUCCAAUCAAAUUACCAAAGGGAAGACCAAGAAGAAGAAGAAAAUAAAAAGACCAUAUCAUCAUCAUCAUCUCUCUCUCUCUUUUCUUUUUCGAAUAUUCUUACUUUUUUUUCUAUCAUUGAGAAUUUCGAAAAAAAAUUCAUUCUUUCAUCGUUUCAUCUUCUCUUUCAAUGUUUUCGUCAUUUUUUACUGUUCUGUGAAUUCUCAGAGUAACAACAACAUUGUCUCCAUUGUAAUCGAUAUAAAUUCAAUAUCUUUACAUUGACACUCACUAAAAACAAAAGAGACUCAUCAUUAUCUCUCCAACUCACUCACUCACUCUCUCGUUUUCAUCUUCCUUUGAUAUUCCCAGUUACUAUUCAGUUAAAGUUCUGAUUCAGUUUCAACUCUCUGAAUUAAAUGACAAACAAUCAUCAACAUAUAACAUGAAAUGGUUUCAUCAUCAGUGAUUUCAUCUUAUCUUUCAUCUUAUCAUCCUCAUCUUCAUCACCAUCAUAAUCAUCAUCAUCAUCAACAUCAUCGUUAUCAUCACCACAAGGAUAAGGAUUAUCUUAAUCUUCAUCUUAUUAAUCUUGAAAUGUGACAAAAAAAAAGAGACUCAACUAAUUUUCAUCAUUUUUUUUUUUGCUUAAUCUUAAUCUUAGUUGUUGUUGUUGUGCUACUAAUCCCAAACUGCUGAGUGUCAAUUGUUCAUGUACACAGAGUAAUUAGUUAAUUGUUAUUAAACUGUGUGUUUGUGUAUUCCUAUUAUCAAUCUAAUUAUCUAUUUGUUAGACUGACCACAAUAAACUAAUGUGUGUGUGUGUGUGUGUUAAUUGUAACAAUCAAUGGCUGGAGCCUUAAGUAUUGUUUCCGGUGCUCGAGCUGGACAAACACCUCAAGAGGCGAUCCUUGAAAUUUACACUGGACAACACAAAUUCACGAAUGUAUCCAAAGCGAGCGGGAACAAUGACCAGCCCAGUGAAAAGGCCAAAGUUCGUAGCGGGUCAGAAACAGCUCUUGGCAACUUUAAUCCGUCUCAUCGAUUUGAACAAUUAGAACACGAUCAUUCCCUUUGCGAACGGGUUAUUAUCAAUGUUUCUGGAACUAAAUUCGAGACACAAUUAAGAACAUUAAACUUAUUUCGAGAUACAUUAUUAGGUGAUCCACUUCGUCGAAUUAGGUACUUUGAUCCAAAUCGGAAUGAAUAUUUUUUCGAUCGAUGUCGAAUAGCCUUCGAGGGAAUUUUAUAUUAUUAUCAAAGUUGUGGACGUUUACGGAGACCCGGAAAUGUCCCUUUGGAUAUUUUCGUGGAGGAGGUUAAAUUUUACGAACUUGGUGAGGAAGCAUUGGAAAAGUUAAAGGCGGACGAAGGAUUUGCCGCCGAUAAAGAGGAUCGACCACUGCCAACAAAUGAGAUCCACCGGAAGUUAUGGUUACUCUUUGAGCACCCAGAGUCCUCUCAGGCCGCGAGAAUAGUGGCCAUCACCUCAGUACUGGUCAUUAUUGUAUCAAUAGUGAUCUUUUGCCUGGAAACUUUGCCUCAAUAUAAACACUACAAGAUUUUCACCACCAAAGACAAUAAGACCCGAGUAAUGGAAGACGAUGUUCCCUCCCCUGAGAAUCCGUUCUUCAUCAUUGAAAGUUUAUGCAUAGUUUGGUUUCUCGUCGAAUUCAUAAUUCGUCUAUUAGCUUGUCCAUCGAAAAUAGAAUUUCUCAAGGAUAUAAUGAAUGCAAUCGAUUUCAUGGCGAUUGUACCUUUCUUUAUCACUUUGGGAACCGUUUUCGCGGUUAAAGAUGAUCCUGCCAAGACUUUUCAUGAGAAACAAAAUCAAGGAGCUUCACUGGCCAUUUUGAGGGUCAUCCGUUUGGUCCGAGUCUUCCGUAUAUUUAAAUUAUCCCGACACUCCAAAGGUCUUCAAAUCCUUGGGAUGACCUUAAAAGCCUCACUUCGGGAAUUGGCCUUAUUAAUGUUUUUCCUUCUUAUCGGUGUAAUCCUUUUCUCAUCGGCUGUUUAUUAUGCCGAAGCAGGUUCAGAAAGGUCAUACUUUAAAUCAAUUCCAGACGCUUUCUGGUGGGCAGUGGUCACUAUGACCACCGUUGGCUAUGGUGACAUGGUUCCCCAUGAGUUUUGGGGUAAAAUGGUUGGAUCACUUUGUGCCAUUGCCGGUGUACUAACCUUAUCUCUUCCGGUUCCUGUGAUAGUUUCCAAUUUUAAUUAUUUUUACCAUCGGGAAAUGGAUUCAUCAAAUUUACAGUCAACCAACACGAACCACACUCUUAGUUGUCCCUUUUUACCUGCAAUCGUAGGUCCAGAUAGACUAAGACGAUCUUCAUCCCUUGAAUCAACCGUUUCAUCAACAAUAUCUCAACCACCAUCACAACAAUUAUCAUCAUCUCUCAAUCAACAUCAACCUUUAACUCAACAAAAAUCAACUCAAUCAACACAUUCAGUUCAUUUUUCACACAUACAUCAACAACAACAACAACAACAGCAACAACAAUUACAACCUUUAUCACCUCAACAAUCAAUUAAAUAUAAUUCAAAUUGUUCUCGAAGUGAUUCAAUUAACUCAUUUAAAUUUAAUAAUAACAUCAAUCAAAACAAUCAACGGAUUAAUAAACAUAAUCUUAAUCAUGAUGAGAUUUCAAAUGUUGCUCUGUCAACUUCAACAUCUAAUUGCUCAUUACAUAAUUGUUACACCAAUCAUAUUAAUUUAUCAUCAAGUCAACAACAAUUACAAUCUCAAUCAUCCUCAUCUUCAACAUCUCCAUCUUCAUCAACAAUUGGUCACCAUCACCAUCACCAUCAUCAUCAUCAUCAUCAUAUUACAACUAAUCAACAACAACAAUUAAAACAACAUCAAGGGGCUUCUCGUUCAAAUGAGAGUUCAACUAAUAAUGUUUCACGAAGCUGCCUAAAAGUAAACAAUUGUAAUUAGAUUUAAUUUGAUAUUAUUAAUAAUUAUUAUUGUCCCUUUAUUAUCAAUUACAUUUAUUAUUAUUAUUGAUUAUGAUUGAUUCUCAACAAUGUUACGAGAUAUUAUUGGUUACAAUUAACUUAACUUUUUCUCUCUCUCUCUUUGGUUUUCUUGUUUUUGUUUUAUUGUGUUCGAGUGCGAACCCAAAUCAACAUCCAUUGAUUAAUCAAUUAGAAUAAGAAAAUUAUUAUUAAUAAACGAAAAGAAAAAC